UUCCAUGUCCAAGGCAUUCAGAAAAGAGGGUGCUAAGUGGCUCAUUUCUUUCCAAUCAUCAUCUUCUAAACACAUCACAGUGUUCUCCACUGAAGCAAAAAUGAAAAACCUCAUCUUGGUUGCUUUGAUCCUUCAGCUGGUGAUCACAAACAUAGAGAGUAAUGGGGAUGGUCCGAAACCUCGGUUUGGACAAAUAUUUGCUUUUCCAAGAUUGUGUACAGGAGAUCAGGCCACAUACAACCACGUCGGUGUGUAUGUGGGCAAAGGUGAAGGCUGGAAAGACGUUGGUCAAGGUGAUAAUGACCUAUUUCACUUCACAAAACCAGGUAUAGGACAGGCUUGCACAUAUAAAUUUGAUACGAUUAAAAAAGUGGAAGGAAAAAACAAGGCAGUCCCGGACACUUCCUACGACGGGAGAGAAGGCUUCACUGUAGACUACGACGCCAUAGCGAAGAGAAUCAAAGAAUGCAAUGGAAAGACUCUGACAUAUGGACCCAUUAAACAAAACUGUGAAGUCGGUGCUACCUAUGUGGCCUAUGGAAAAGGAGUAUCAGAGCAGAAAGGUACAGUGGUUGAACCAUUGUUUGAUAAAAGUCCAGUCGAUGAAGAAGCUGACGUACAUUGUUAUUUGGGUCGGUUUUGUCACUUUUCCAACCCCUGAUAGCUAGUUCUGCCAGCCUCUCUUGCUCUCCUCUGUACUUUCCUCACAUGAUGUGAGGUCUUAUUUGAAAUAAAAAUCAUGA